GAAAGGAUGAAUGGUGAACAGUUGCAAGAUUUUCUCACCGAUUUAUCGAAGACUGAAAUUCGUCUUGGUAACCGAGACGACGUCGAAGUUAUGAAGAAAUUCUUGGUCGAAUGGGCGCAAAACACUAUGCUUUGCGCCAAUUAUAUAACUGUUAACUAUAGAUGAAGGUACACUCUAAUGGAUUUGUACCGCACGCAAAGAAAGAAAUAAUAAACGAGUCCGUGCAAUUUAAUCAGUUAGCCAAGAGAAUCGGACGGGAUUUGAGCCAGACAUGUGCCAAAAUGGAAAGGUUGGCCGAGUUGGCAAAAAAGAAGAGCCUUUUCGAUGAGAAGAGCGAUAUGGACCACUUGUCUAGAGUCGUAAAGGAGGAUAUCACCGGUUUGAAUAAACAAAUAGUAGCCCUUCAAGAGUUUUCGCGAAGACGCAAUGGUGGCAUGAAAAACCAAGGCACUGGUCACACCCAGCUUGUUGUGGUCGGUCUCCAGUCGAAAUUGGCAAGUGUGAGUAAGGACUUUCAAAGCGUAUUGGAGAUCAGUACGGAAAACUUGAAACACCAAAAAAGCAGGCGAGAAAAGUUUUCGCACGCGGAUCACCUUCCCACAUCACUUCCAUCAUCUUCAAGUGGUUCAAAUGUUCGCUCGCGUCUUCUUGAAGAUGACAAUCAGCAUGGUGUCCCCCGUAAUAGUAGUGUUACUCUGGAUAUGGGCGCUAUGGAACAAAUGCGAGUUCAACAACAGAUGACACUACAAGACCAAUCAGAUAGCUAUGCGCAAGCCCGUUCAAAUGCUAUGGAAACUAUUGAAGGUUCGAUUUCUGAAUUGGGACAAAUUUUUGCGCAGCUUGCAAGCCUUGUCAGCGAACAAGGUGAAAUGAUCACA